UUUGGAAAGAUCAUUCUAAGUUAAUUCUCCAUUAUCCGAAAAAUAACACAAAAAAGAUUAAUUAUGGAAGCUUAUAAAAUUUUCAUAUCAUAUGUUGCCCUUUUGGCUAUUACAAGCUAUGUGGUUUACGCUACCGAUCCGAACCAGCUGCAAGAUUUUUGUGUAGGAGUGAAUCAACCUCUUGAAGGAUUGUUUGUAAAUGGACUGUUCUGUAAAGAUCCAAUGAGGGUUAGUCCGGAUGAUUUCUUGUUCCGAGGACUAAAUCCGGGGGACACAGACAACAAGCUAGGGUUCGCGGCAACAGUUGUACAAGCAACAAAUUUAGGAGGUCUUAACACACUUGGGAUAUCACUUGCUAGGCUUGAUUUUGCACCAUAUGGUCUUAACCCUCCACACACACACCCCCGAGCCACUGAGAUAUUCACGGUGUUGGAGGGGACCUUCUAUGUAGGUUUUGUGACUUCAAACCCUCCUCAAGGUCCAAACAAACUCUUUGCUAAGUUGCUUAACAAGGGAGACGUUUUUGUUUUCCCUCAAGGUCUCAUUCAUUUUCAGUUCAAUGUUGGCCGUACACCCGGUUUUGGUAUUUCAGGGUUAAGUAGCCAGAACCCUGGUGUAAUUACAAUAGCUAACGCGGUGUUUGGGUCUCAACCGCCUAUUUCUGUUGACGUUCUAGCCAAGGGUUUUCAGAUUGAAGAUAAUUUGGUCAAGUAUCUUCAGGCUCAGUUCGGUAUGGGCAGCUACUAAUUAGAAUGAAGAGUCAUGCUCUUAAUGUUGCAAAGGGUUUGACAAAAUAAUAAAUAGUGUUCGUUCUCUAGUAAUUUCAGCUUAUAAUGUUCCAAAUCAAAAUAUUUGUAAAAGCUUUGCUAUAGUAUGGAAAUAUAUCUACUGAAAAUAAAGCAACAAGAACGUAAUACAAAGUCGAAAGUAUUUCUGUUA